UUCACGUGAGCGCGCGAGUCGACGCGCAGAAGACGUCGUACCACGCGCGCGCGCAUGCAGGCAGGCAGCGCUCGAGCACACGGCGAGUGACUCCAACCUUAAAGCGUCCCGUCUUGAGGACUACACAGCGCUGGGAGGUUAAGAAACAAAACCAAAAACUUCUCACAGAAACUUUCAUUCCGUUCCCAGUUAUUCUCCUCAAGACGGAAUCAAACUCCGAGUUGGAUACCUUCCAGCGAAAACAUCUUUCGAAGCUGUUUUGAUACGAGUUGUGUGUGGUUUUUUUUCACCGUAUGUUCGUGUUGGCGCCGGGCUCGUGCUCACUCUCUCUCUCUCGCGACUGGCUUUUUUCACGCAGAAGUUUGACCUCGCGAGACUGCCGAUACAAACCCGUCUUUUAAAACAGUAUUUUUCCCUCCCCUGUAGUCUUUGUUUUUUUGGUUAAAAAAAAAAAAAAAAAAAAGCUGUUCAUCAACUUUUUAAACCAGAAACGGACGGUGAAAACUCCCACCGUCUCCGUGAGCAACUUUUUAAAAUUUGCUUUUAAAGUGAACUCCACGAGACGCCGCAUCUCCAUGUGGAAAUCCGAAGACGGGCUCAGAGAUACAUUUUAAACGAAGCGAAAGUCGUGUUUUGUCACCGCUUGUGUGUGCAGAAAGCUUCGACGCGACGAUGAAGGCGAUUGUUGCGCUCGCGGUGUGUGUAUCCGCAGUGAUUUGUGCCUCAGCCAGCCCGAGUGAACAGAAGUCCAAGAACUGCAAUGAAGUCCGGACGGCGUACAGCUCGAAGGGCUUCAACAGUAACGACGUCCCCAACAAAGGAGUGUACGAAGCCCAUCUGAAGGUGUGCCCUCAAGGCUUCUCAUGCUGCACUCUGGAGAUGGAGGAGAAGCUGAGUCAGCAGAGCCGCUCGGACCUGAAGGCCCCGAUCUCCCAACUGAGCGCCACCCUGCAGAGCAGCUUCACACAAAGACACCAACAUUUUGACCAGUUUUUCAGAGAGCUGCUCAACAAUGCCGAGAAGUCGUUGCACGACAUGUUCGUACUCACCUACGGAGUGAUGUAUAUGAAGAACGCCGAGCUCUUCAAGCACUUCUUUCGUGACUUGAGGCUCUACUACGCGUCGGGCAGCGCUGCCGUGCACCUCGAUAACAUGCUUUCCGAGUUCUGGUCCGAAUUGCUCGAGCGGAUGUUCCGCCUGGUCAACGCGCAGCACGAGUUCAGCGACGCGUACAUGGAAUGCGUGAGUCGGCAUACGGAGGAGCUAAUGCCGUUCGGCGAUGUGCCGCGCAAGCUGAGACUGCAGCUGAGCAGAGCCUUCAUCGCUGCCCGCACCUUCACCCUUGGCCUGCAGCUCAUACCUGACGUGGUCAGCAAAGUCUCCACGGUGGGUGCCUCUCCAAGCUGUGUGCGUGCUGCUAUGAAGAUGCUGUACUGCCCGUACUGCACAGGUCAAGUGGCUCUGAAGCCCUGUAAAAACUACUGCCUCAACGUUAUGCGUGGCUGCCUAGCCAACCAAGCCGACCUCGACACCGAGUGGAACAACUUCCUGGAUGCCAUGCUGAGUCUGGUUGAGAGACUGGAGGGGCCAUUUAACUUUGAGUCAGUAAUAGAUCCCAUCGACGUGAAGAUCUCGGAGGCCAUCAUGAACAUGCAGGAGAACAGCAUGCAAAUCUCACAGAAGGUAUUCCAGGGCUGUGGGCAGCCUAGGAAAGAAUUACGCACCCGGCGUUCUACAAAAGACUCAGGAUUCCCUGGUCGCUUCCGGCCGUACAGCCCAGACACCAGACCCACCACUGCAGCUGGGACCAACAUGGAUAGACUGGUGGCAGAUGUGAAGAAGAAGCUGAAGUUUGCCAAGAAGUUUUGGUCUACUUUACCCGAGACGGUUUGUGUUGACGACAGGGUCAACCAGGGCGACGAGUGCUGGAAUGGCACAGCCAAGAGCAGGUACGAGUCUGUGGUCUUGGGUAAUGGCUUAGCCAAUCAGGUCUCCAAUCCUCAUGUGGAAGUGGACAUCACCAAGCCGGACGUUGUGAUUCGCAGACAGAUUGCUGUGCUGAAGGAAAUGACAACAUGGCUGAAAGCAGCUCACAGUGGAAACGACAUCACGUAUGACAAUGAGGAUGGCAGUGGAGAGGGUAGUGGCAGUGGCUGUGAUUCGUCCUCCUGUGAUAGAGACAAGGAUAUCUAUUUCUCCACACCCACGCCUGUCAAACCCCGCCUAGAUACGGUAGUAAAGGAUUCCUCCAGUGGUGUGCGGCUGGCACCGUACAGCCUGUUGCUGGCCCUGGGAGCCGCUGCUCUGACCCUCCUGACCUCCCACAUCAGAUAAGAGCGCUUCAGAGGAGAAAGAUGAGCAUUAGUGUGGAGAAGAAACUGUCAGAGGGCUUUUUAAAAAAAAAAAAAAAAAAAAAAAAAAAACACAAACAAAAAAAAAAAAAAACAACAAA